GAUGACGAAGUAGUACUUCAGUGUGUUGCCAGUAUUCACAAAGAACAAAGGAAGUUUUGCUUGGCAGCCGAGGGACUUGGGAAUCGCCUAUGCUUUUUGGAACCGACAUCAGAAGCUAAAUAUGUUCCUCCGGACCUUUGCAUCUGUAAUUUUGUCCUUGAACAGUCCCUAUCUGUCAGAGCCCUUCAAGAAAUGCUGGCCAACACAGGGGAUAAUGCUAGUGAAGGGGCAGCUCAAGGGGGUGGUCACAGAACCCUGCUGUAUGGUCAUGCUAUACUACUUCGACAUUCGUUUAGUGAAAUGUAUUUGACAUGUUUAACAUCAUCAAGAUCCCAGACGGAUAAACUUGCAUUUGAUGUGGGACUACGAGAAAAUGCAGCAGGUGAGGCAUGCUGGUGGACAAUACACCCUGCUUCCAAACAAAGGUCAGAAGGAGAAAAAGUUCGAAUAGGUGAUGAUCUUAUCCUGGUCAGUGUGUCCUCUGAAAGAUACCUGCAUCUCUCCAUGUCAAAUGGAAGUAUUCAGGUGGAUGCCUCCUUUAUGCAGACGCUAUGGAAUGUUCAUCCUACAUGCUCAGGAAGCAAUAUUACAGAAGGAUAUCUUCUUGGUGGGCACGUAGUACGUUUUUUCCAUGGCCAUGAUGAGUGUUUGACAAUUCCACCUACAGAUCAGAAUGAUUCACAGCACAAGAAAGUACUUUAUGAAACUGGAGGAGCUGGCAUUCGAGCAAGGUCUUUGUGGAGAGUGGAACCCCUUCGAAUAAGCUGGAGUGGAAGUAACAUCAGAUGGGGACAGCCUUUCCGUCUUCGACAUAUUACAACAGGAAAGUACUUGGCUCUGAAUGAAGAUGAAGGACUUGCAAUGUUAGACAGAGAGAAGUCGGACACAACAUCUACUGCCUUUUGUUUUAGAGCAUCAAAGGAGCUAAAAGAAAAACAGGAUUCUAGUCUUAAACGUGACAUUGAUGGAAUGGGAGUCCCAGAAAUAAAGUACGGUGAUUCAAUCUGUUUUGUCCAACAUGUGGCCAGUGCCUUAUGGUUGACUUACAAAGCACAAGACGCUAAAUCAGCACGUUUGGGUCCCUUGAAAAGAAAGGUUAUAUUACACCAAGAAGGUCAUAUGGAUGAUGGUCUAACAUUACAAAGAUGUCAGCACGAGGAAUCCCAGGCUGCUCGAAUCAUUCGCAAUACUACAAGCUUAUUCAGCCAGUUUAUAAGUGGAAACAACAGAACACUAUCACCCACUGCCCUGCCUGUUGAGGAGAUGGCUCAGACUCUGCAAGACCUGAUUACUUACUUCCAGCUUCCCGAAGACGACCUGGAACAUGAAAAUAAGCAAAGCAAGCUUCGGUCACUCAAAAACAGACAAAAUCUAUUCAAAGAAGAGGGAAUGCUGGCACUAGUUUUGAAUUGCAUUGAUCGCUUAAAUGACUACAACAGCGCAGCUCAUUUUGCAGGAAUUGCAAGAGAAGAGCAUGGUACAGCAUGGAAAGAAAUUUUGAAUCUCCUUUACAAAUUGUUAGCUGCUCUCAUUCGUGGCAACAGAAACAAUUGUACUCAGUUUUCCAGUAACCUCGAUUGGCUAAUAAGUAAAUUGGACAGAGUAGAAUCUUCCUCAGGUAUUUUGGAAGUGUUGCACUGCAUCUUGACUGAAAGCCCAGAAGCUUUGAAUAUAAUAGCUGAGGAGCACAUCAAAUCCAUUAUUUCAUUGUUGGAUAAACACGGGCGCAAAUACAAGAUUCUCGAUGUGCUUUGCUCUCUCUGUGUCUGUAAUGGAGUUGCGGUUCGUGCCAAUCAAAAUUUGAUCUGUGACAAUCUACUGCCUAGAAGAGACUUACUCUUGCAAACACGUUUGAUUAAUGAUGUGACAAGCAUAAGGCCAAACAUAUUUUUGGGUGUUGCUGAGGGCUCUGCACAAUACAAGAAGUGGUACUUUGAGUUAAUAAUUGAUCAGGUUGAUCCAUUCUUGACGGCAGAACCCACCCAUUUACGAGUUGGAUGGGCCUGUACUUCAGGUUAUGCCCCCUAUCCUGGAGGUGGAGAAGGAUGGGGAGGCAAUGGUGUUGGUGAUGACCUGUACUCUUACGGUUUUGAUGGCCUUCAUCUGUGGUCUGGUCGAGUACCCAGAGCUGUAGCAUCUGUCAAUCAGCAUUUAUUAGCAUCUGAUGAUGUGGUUAGCUGCUGCUUGGAUUUAGGUGUACCCAGCAUUUCAUUCCGCAUUAAUGGACAGCCUGUUCAAGGAAUGUUUGAGAACUUCAGUACAGAAGGGUUUUUCUUCCCUGUUGUAAGCUUAUCAGCAGGUGUGAAAGUUCGUUUCUUAUUGGGUGGACGUCAUGGAGAGUUUAAAUUUCUGCCUCCUGCUGGCUAUGCUCCUUGUUACGAAGCAUUGCUUCCAAAAGAGAAGAUGAAACUGGAACCAGUGAAAGAAUAUAAGAGAGAUUCUGAUGGAGUGAGGGAUUUGCUGGGUACAACACAAUUUCUCUCCCAAGCUUCCUUUAUCCCUUGUCCAAUAGACACCAGUCAGAUUGCUCUUCCUUUUCAUCUUGAAAAGAUCCGGGACAAACUAGCUGAAAAUAUCCAUGAACUGUGGGGAAUGAAUAAAAUAGAACUGGGCUGGACGUAUGGCAAGAUACGGGAUGAUAAUAAAAGGCAUCAUCCUUGUCUUGUGGAAUUCUCAAAAUUGCCUGAGACAGAGAAGAAUUAUAAUCUACAAAUGUCAACUGAAACCCUCAAAACCCUUUUGGCCCUUGGAUGUCACAUUGUUCAUGCUCAUCCAGCAGCUGAGGAAGAUCUUGAAAAAGUCAAACUUCCUAAAAAUUACAUGAUGUCAAAUGGAUAUAAACCUGCCCCUCUUGAUCUUUCUGAAGUGAAGUUGUUACCUUCUCAAGAAUUUCUAGUUGACAAACUAGCAGAAAAUGCACAUAAUGUCUGGGCAAAAGACAGAAUAAAGCAAGGAUGGACCUAUGGCAUUCAGCAGGAUCUUAAGAACAAACGUAAUCCUCGCCUAGUGCCAUAUGCAUUAUUAGAUGAACGUACUAAAAAAUCAAACAGAGAUAGCCUUCGUGAAGCUGUGAGAACAUUUGCGGGCUAUGGUUAUAGUAUUGAGCCACCUGAUCAAGAGAUAGCUGACCAAACAGUGGAAAAAGUCAGCAUUGACAAGAUACGAUUUUUCAGAGUAGAACAGUCUUAUGCAGUGAAGUCUGGAAAGUGGUACUUUGAAUUUGAAGCUGUGACAGGUGGAGAUAUGCGUGUUGGCUGGGCCAGGCCAGGCUGUCGACCUGACAUAGAAUUGGGCGCUGAUGACCAAGCAUUUGUAUUUGAAGGAAGCAAAGGCCAGCGUUGGCAUCAAGGCAGUGGAUUCUUUGGACGAAGCUGGCAACCAGGAGACGUGGUUGGUUGUAUGAUAAACUUGGAUGACAAAUCAAUUAUCUUUACUCUGAAUGGAGAGUUGCUUAUAACUAGUAAAGGUUCAGAACUUGCGUUUGCUGACUUUGGAAUAGAAAGUGGUUUUGUUCCAAUUUGUGCACUGGGUCUAUCUCAGAUUGGUCGUAUGAACCUUGGAAUGGAUGCCAGUACAUUCAAGUAUUAUACAAUGUGUGGCCUUCAAGAAGGUUUUGAACCUUUUGCUGUGAACAUGAACCGAGAUGUUGCUAUGUGGUUUAGUAAACGCUUACCAACAUUUGUCAAUGUGCCAAAAAAUCAUCCUCACAUUGAGAUAUGGAGAAUUGAUGGAACCAUUGAGAAUCCACCUCGGCUAAAAGUUACUCACAAAACAUUUGGCACACAGAACAGCAAUUCAGACAUGAUAUAUUGUCGUUUGAGUAUGCCCAUUGAGUUCCGCUCAUCAUUCAACUUUGGCAUGGGUGUGGAAAAUGCUUCAUCUGAUGUUUUCCAAAAACGAAAGCACAGCCAAGAAAUUGCUGCUCCUUCUACUAUAUAUUUUUAUUCACUACGGAUAUUUGCUGGCCAAGACCCAUCCUCUGUCUGGGUUGGCUGGGUAACACCAGACUAUCAUUUUUACAGUGAGAAUUUUGACCUAAAUAAAAAUUGUACAGUGACAGUUACUUUAGGUGAUGAGAGAGGCAGGGUUCAUGAAAGUGUGAAGCGCAGCAAUUGCUAUAUGGUUUGGGGAGGAGAUGUAAUUGCGAAUUCCCAGAGAUCAGGUCGCAGUAAUGUUGAUUUAGAAAUUGGAUGCUUUGUUGACCUGGCUACUGGAAUGUUGUCAUUCACAGCCAAUGGAAAAGAGCUUGGCACUUGUUAUCAGGUUGAACCAAACACAAAGCUUUUUCCAGCAACUUUUGUACAGCCUACGAGCACUAACUUGAUUCAGUUUGAACUUGGUAAAUUAAAGAAUACCAUGCCUUUAUCAGCCGCAAUUUUUAAAAGUGAAGAAAGAAAUCCUGUUCCUCAGUGUCCCCCUCGCCUUGAUGUGCAAACAAUUACACCUGUUUUAUGGAGCAGGAUGCCAAACAGCUUUCUGAAAGUAGAAACUGAGCGUGUCAGUGAACGUCAUGGCUGGGUUGUGCAGUGUUUGGAACCUCUGCAGAUGAUGGCACUUCAUAUCCCAGAAGAAAACAGAUGCGUUGAUAUUUUGGAACUAUGUGAACAAGAAGAUUUGAUGAAGUUUCACUACCACACUUUAAAACUCUAUAGCUCAGUUAGUGCUUUAGGAAACACUAGAGUUGCUUAUGCACUUUGUAGCCAUGUGGACAUAUCUCAGCUAUUUUAUACGAUAGAUAAUCAAUAUUUACCUGGACUCCUACGUUCUGGAUUCUACGACUUGCUCAUUAGUAUCCAUUUGGAGCACGCCAAGCAAGCCAAGCUCAUAAUGAACAAUGAAUUUAUCAUUCCAGUUACAGAUGAAACUCGAACUAUUAAAUUAUAUCCUGAUGAAACAAAGAAGCAUGGUUUACCUGGAGUAGGGCUUAGCACUUGUCUGAAACCAGGCUUUAAUUUUUCUACUCCAUGCUUUAUUGUGACCAGUGAGGAAUGUCAAACAUCCAGCCCAGAGAUACCCCUUGAUACACUUAAAUCCAAAGCCAUAAGUAUGCUAACAGAGGCAGUACAGUGUAGUGGUACUCAUAUACGAGACCCUGUUGGAGGACAGGUUGCAUUCCAGUUCGUUCCUGUUCUUAAACUGAUAGCAACAUUGCUCGUAAUGGGGGUUUUUGAUGAUGAUGAUGUGAAGCAGGUGUUACUCCUCAUUGAUCCCAAUGUGUUUGGAGAUCACAAGGAAGAAACAGAAGAGGGGACAGAGAAGGAGGAAGUUACACAAGUUGAAGACAAAGCUGUAGAAGCUGGGGAGAAAGCAAUAAAAGAAACAAAAGCUCCUGCAAAGGGCUUAUUGCAGACAAGAUUACCAGAAUCUGUUAAGCUUCAGAUGUGUCAUUUACUCAAUUAUUUCUGUGACUGUGAGCUACAACAUAGAGUGGAAGCAAUUGUAUCAUUUGCAGACCGAUAUGUAUCAAAAUUGCAAUACAAUCAGAAAUACAGGUAUAAUGAACUCAUGCAAGCCUUGAAUAUGUCUGCUGCUUUGACUGCCAAGAAGACUAAAGAAUUUCGGUCUCCUCCUCAAGAACAGAUUAAUAUGUUGCUGAAUUUUCAACUGGGAGAGGAUUGUCCCUGUCCAGAGGAGAUUCGGGAUGAGUUAUAUGAAUUUCAUGAUGAUCUUCUAAUUCACUGCGGUAUUCCACUAGAAGAGGAGGAAGAGGAAGAGGAAGAUUCUUCCCUGACUGGCAAACUCCGUUCAUUAAUGUACAAAAUCAAAGGUCCACCAAAAGCAGAGAAAGUAGAACCUAAGGAGGAAGAAGAGAAAUCUCCUA